GGCCGCUGCCUGCACCGCCCCUUUUCACCCGCGGUGGCCGGAAGUGGGGGGGUGAAAGGGCGGAAGUCGGAGGUCGCCCGCCUGGCCGCGGGGAGGCGGGAGCGCGUUCGAGAUGGCGGCGGGGCCCAUCUCCGAGAGGAACCAGGAUGCUACGGUUUACGUCGGUGGCCUGGACGAGAAGGUCAGCGAGCCGCUGUUAUGGGAGCUGUUUCUGCAGGCGGGACCGGUGGUCAAUACCCACAUGCCCAAAGAUCGAGUCACAGGUCAACAUCAAGGUUAUGGGUUCGUGGAAUUCCUCAGCGAGGAAGAUGCCGACUACGCCAUUAAAAUCAUGAACAUGAUCAAGCUGUAUGGGAAGCCGAUCCGCGUGAACAAGGCCUCGGCCCACAACAAGAACCUGGACGUGGGCGCCAACAUCUUCAUCGGCAACCUGGACCCGGAGAUUGACGAGAAGCUGCUGUACGACACCUUCAGCGCCUUUGGAGUCAUCCUGCAGACCCCCAAGAUCAUGCGGGACCCCGACACGGGCAACUCCAAGGGCUAUGCCUUCAUCAACUUCGCCAGCUUCGAUGCCUCCGACGCCGCCAUUGAGGCCAUGAAUGGACAGUACCUGUGCAACCGGCCCAUCACCGUCUCUUACGCCUUCAAGAAGGAUUCCAAAGGCGAGCGGCACGGCUCCGCUGCAGAGCGGCUGCUGGCUGCCCAGAACCCCCUGUCUCAGGCAGACCGGCCUCAUCAGCUGUUUGCAGAUGCCCCUCCUCCUCCAUCGGUGCCGACCCCUGUCGUCACGUCCUUGGGGCCAGGUGUGAACCCGCCAGGCAUCCCACCCCCAGGAUCGUUUCCCCCGCCGGUGCCGCCACCUGGAGCAAUGCCCCCAGGAAUGCCUCCUGCCAUGCCACCUCCACCCAUGCCACCAGGUGCAGGUGCCCCGGGUCCUCCUUCAGGGGGCACUCCCAGUGGAGGGCACCCUCCUCACCCACAUCCUUUCCCACCUGGCGGGAUGCAUCAUCCAGGGAUGCCCCCCAUGCAGGUGCAUCACGGACCACCCGGGAUGGGACAGCAUCAUCAUCCGGGGCCACCGGGGUCAGGAGGCCAGCCCCCGCCCCGCCCGCCCCACGGCAUGCCCCACCCCGGACCACCCCCAAUGGGCAUGCCGCCCAGAGGGCCCCAUUUCGGAUCACCCAUGGGUCACCCAGGCCCCAUGCCCCACCACGGCAUGCGUGGGCCGCCUCCAUUGAUGCCUCCCCAUGGUUACAGCGGCCCCCCCCGCCCACCACCCUAUGGCUACCAGCGGGUCCCUCUGCCACCUCGUCCUGCCCAGAGACCCCCCGUGCCACCUCGUGGGCCUUUGAGGGGACCACUACCAUAAACGCAGCCGCAUCAGAACCUGGCCAGCAGAAGAACCUUCCUACUGCGAAUUCCUCUCUCUCCUACUUUGGAUUUUGGUUUCUUUUUGGACUAACGUUCCUGAGAACAGGAAGCGUGAUCGGAGCCGUCAGUGUCUCGCUGCCCCUGUGAAAACCCUGCUAUUCCCUUUAGCAGUGUUACUUUUAGUUGUCCUCUCCCUGCUCUUGUCCCCGUCGUUUCGAGAAGAUAACUUGAUUUUAAUGAAAUGUUUUUCUAUGUGAACUGAGAUUGGCCGUUUGCAAAUAAACACCUUGGGCGUUGCCCUCUGA